AUGCCAAAACCUGUUCCGCCACAUCUCAAUCAGUUGAGACUCAAGACGAAUCUCAAAAUGGCAAUCUCCAAACUCAAAUUCACCCAGGAAAAGAAGGUUGCAUUGACAAAACAACAGCGAAGGCAAUUGGCGGAGUUGCUUAAGACCGGUAAAGAAUCAUCAGCCAAGAUAAGAGUCGAAAACAUCAUUCGAGAUGACAUAUAUAUUGAGCUCUUGGAGUUUCUCGAGCUUUACUGUGAGCUCUUACUAGCCCGAUUAAACAUGAUACUUGAUCGUCCAACAUGCGACCCCAGUUUGCUUGAAGCUGUCAGUUCACUUAUUUAUUCAGCACAAAGCACAGAUCUUAAAGAACUAGUUUCAAUUAGAGACAUAUUGAUUUAUAAGUAUGGGACUGAGUUUGGUAAAGAGGCAUUGGAGAAUAAGGAUAACCAUGUUCCCGAUAAGAUUGUACGGAGAUGUGGGAUUGAGCCGCCUAGUGAAGACUUGGUGAAUAUGUAUCUUGUCGAAAUUGCUUUGGCGUACAAUGUACCAUAUUCCGGACUAGAACGCUUCAAAGGUGAUGAGGAAGAAGGUGGCGAUGAUGAUAAUGACGACGGCGAAGGAGGCACAAAGGAAGAAGUUCUAGAGAAGGAUGAUAAAGAGAAACCAUUGGCAGAAUUAGCUGAAAAACCUAGUGUUGCGGCAAGUAAACCACAGACUAAAUCUACACCCAAGCAACAGGAUGAUUUUGAUGCUUUGGCCGCAAGAUUUGCUGCUUUAAAGAAUACACCGAAAUAG